AUGUCUGCCAUUCUGUUGCUUGGAGGAGAAGAAGAGCGCGACAGAUUUGCUGUGACACUGGCUUACCGGGAAGGCACAGAAACCCCGCUCAUGGUGUUUGCGAGCUCGCCCGCAGCUGGGGCGGAGGAGCGUCUAGCAAAACUGCAGGAAGCUGGGCAGCUGGUGCUGUCGUAUCGUGCCGUUGACACCGUCACCAAUUUCUCAACAAUGAUACCGGACCUUCAAGGUGCUGGUGUGACGCAUGUUCUCCUGGUGACUUCGAGCUAUCACAUGCCAAGGGCCGCAGCAAUCGCAGAGAUUAUGCUGGGAUCAUCUAGGAUUACCUUUGAGACAUGGACGGUGGAUUGUGCCACGAGCAGGGCAGGGAAGCACGAGCCCCGAUGGAAAAUCUACCGCGAUGUUCUUCGAGCGAGAAUUUGGAGCAUAACUGGAUGGGACUUCCUUUGGCUUGCGAGGAUGCUGAUUCCUUGUGUCCGCUGCCUGCGACUGUAG